CCCCUUUAUUUGUCCAGGUGCCGGCAUGUCGGAGGAGGCGAUGCGUCAGACCCGCAGCCAGAAGCGAGCGCUGGAGCGGGAUGCCCUGCCCGUGGAGGUGGACAGCAAGAAGGUCAAGAUGGAGAAGGGGGACCACGGGAAAGGCGAGACCGGAGUGCCCGAUGGCCUGAAGGUCACUGGCAUCCUCAAAGCCGGCGAGGUGAAGGCCACCAUCAAGGUGGAGGUGCAGACGAGGGAGGAGCCGGUCGACAUGAGCACCUCUAAAAGUGAGGUGGAGAGGCGGCCGCCAUCACCUGACGACGUCAUCGUGUUAUCUGAUAAUGAGCCCUCCAGCCCACGUGUCAAUGGCCUCAACCACUGCUCCAGGGAGACGGACACGGAGCUGCUGAUGAAGAGCAGUCCCAGCGAGCGCGAGCGCAUCAUCAAACAGCUGAAGGAAGAGCUGCGGUUAGAGGAGGCCAAGCUGGUUCUGCUGAAGAAGCUGCGACAGAGCCAGAUCCAGAAGGAGGGUCCGGCGCAGAAGGCCGCUGGAUCGUCCGGUUCUGUGGCCACCCCACCUCCUCUGGUCAGGGGCAGCAUCACAGCCAGUAAAGGAGCCAUACAGGUGACAUCAGGGCGCAGCUCGGGUGCGGUGAUCCCGCCGCCGCUGGUGCGAGGGGGCCAGCAGAUAUCAGCCAAGCUGGGCUCACAUAACGCCCAGAUUGUCAUGCCGCCCUUGGUCAGGGGCGCCCAGCAGGUCCAAGGCCUACGGCAGCAGCAGCACUCAAGUUCAGGGGGGCCACCUCCGCUCCUGCUAGCCCCCCGUGCCAGCGUGCCCAGCAUGCAGGUGCAGGGCCAGAGGAUCAUCCAGCAGGGCCUCAUCCGCGUGGCCAACGUGCCCAACACCAGCGUCCUAGUCAACAUCCCUCAGGCCCCCCCGACCAACCUGAAAGGCUCCUCAGUGACGUCGCAGUCCGCCCUGGCCAAUUGCGUGACAGCAGUCGGCGUGAAUGACUCUCCUGCCAGUCGGCAGGCAGCCGCCAAGCUGGCAUUGCGCAAGCAGCUGGAGAAGACCCUGCUGGAGAUCCCGCCGCCCAAGCCAACCACGCCCGACCUCAACUUCCUGCCGUCGGCCGCUAACAACGAGUUCAUCUACCUGGUGGGCCUGGAAGAGGUGGUACAAAACCUUCUGGACACGGUUGCCAAGGGGAAGCUGCAGGCCUCUCAGGUUUCAUCCACGGCUCCUGCCCCCAAAGAGCCCUUCACCUGUGCCCAGUGCAAGACCGACUUCACAUCUCGCUGGAGGCAAGACAAGAGCGGCACGGUCAUGUGCGAGCAGUGCACGACGUCCAACCAGAAGAAGGUGCUGAAGGCGGAGCACACCAACCGGCUGAAAGCGGCCUUUGUCAAGGCGCUUCAGCAGGAGCAGGAGAUCGAGCAGCGCAUCAUGCAGCAGAGCCUGUCUGCCUCCCCCGCCACCAAAACCCCCCCGGUUCUGCCCGCUAUCAAGGUGGAGCAGCAGACCCUGGGGUCCCAGCAGCUGAAGCAGGCCCGGCCCUCCCCCCUGCAGCCGCAGCCCAGCCGGGGGGCCAUCAUCAACCGCCACCAUUCCACUGUCAAACAGAGCCUUGGCCAGCUCUCCCGGAGCGCCCAGGCCAUGGGAGGGCGAGCGGCGAGCCACUCCAUCUCGCAGGCCGCACAGCUCCAUAGCGGCAGCAUCACCGCUGCCGCGCUGGUCAGCAGGCCAGGUAAGCAUGCUGUGCACGCAGGGGGAAAGGUCAACAGCAGCCGUAACGCCGCCGUCGAAGCCUGGAGGAAGCGGAGCGCCGCAACCCAAGGAGUGACUAUGGCCUACGUCAACCCCAGUCUCUCACAAGUGCACAAGAGCUCUUCCGCUGUGGAUCGUCAUCGCGAGUAUCUCCUGGACAUGAUCCCCUCUCGCUCGAUCUCCCAGACAGCGAACACGUGGAAAUAAUGCAAAUGCUCCUUAUUAUUAAUGAAAAUAAUAAUAGCUGUCAUCAUUACCAACAUAACAAUCUACAACCCCCGGUUACAAGCCUGGGACAGCGAACUAUCGACCAAUAAAUUGGCUCCUUCCUCUGUACCUUGCCUGCCAUGACACCAGUCUCAAAGUGGAAUGUUGCAAAGUUGUACGAGACAGUGAUACUUGAUCCUGGACUCUUGGGAUGUUUUAUUCAAAGAAAAAUUGAUUAGAGGAAAUGGACCUCGUGAAAUUCCCCUUUGUUGGCCGUCACCAUCUGCAGGCAUAUUCCUGCGACCUCGCCGCUUCCGCUGCCAUCCUUUUGGGAGCUUAAUCAGCCAACCGAGCGGCACACAGAGGGAGUGACUGACCUUGGGUCACACAUCGCUCGCCCCAGACGGACAGACCAGGAUCCUCUUGGACUAUUGAGCGGCCUCCGGUGGCAGGAAUGUGAAUAGGAUGCUGGGUUUUAGUGGACUCAACAGAAUGCUAGACUGCUUCAGCUUUGGAAAAACAAAUGUAUAGUAAAUGGAGGGGAAAAAAAGUCUAUCGACAAAUGUGCUGCCUCAUGUUAAAUUGACAUCACACAGAGUUGGGGAGGAUUCUUGUUUAUUUUCAAAGAUUAUUAUACAUGACUGAGUUACAGUCCCCCCCCCCCCUCCCCAUCUGUGAAAUUAGUAGGUUUUGUUCGUUCCUGUUUCGGAACGCUGCAUCACUGAAGGGUUUUAUUGCAGAAUUUCCACCAGUUCAGGUGGCUAUUUCACGUUGGCUUCGUCUCCCAGUGAAUUUUUAUUUUUGUAUCUAGGUUAGGAUUAACCCUCAGACAACAGGCAGGUAAUAUCGGAAACAUAAUCCAUACUAGAUACUUCCUGCUCUUUUUCAGCCGUGUGAUUGGAUACUCAAGCUGAAAGAGGGCGGGGCAAGAACUUUUUUUUUUUAAACCCCUCCCAUAUCAGGUGAUUUGCGGGUUUGUGUGUUGAACAUGACGACUGAAUUUCUGGUCAUAGUUAAAA